AUGUCCUUGAAAGAGAGCAUAGACAAGGCCACGUCGGCCGAGCUGACCGAGGACGAUUUCGGGCUAUUGCUGGACGUCGUCGACAUCGUCAAGAGCGACGCCGACACCAACAUCGAGGAGUCUGUCAACAUCAUCAAAACCAAGCUGGAAUCCAACAACGCCAACGUUAUUCUGCGCAGUGUGUCGCUGUUGGACUUUUUGGCCGAGAACUGCGGCGCCAUGAUGCGCGGCCAGAUCGCCAAGCGGUCUUUCGUCAACAAUUACCUUGUCAAGCUGGUGAACGACCCGAAAAUGCACAAUUCCAUCAAGUACGCUGUCAUCAAGGAGAUCUACAAGCUAAGCAAGAGUUUCAAGGGCGACGAGUCGCUGCGUGCGAUGGAGGACAGUUUCAAGGAGCUUCAGAAGAAGUAUCUGUAUUUGUGCCAGCAGGCUGUUUCUGAGGUUGAUGGCACUCCGAAGCCUGCUGGUGGCGAGGAGGACGAGGAGCUUAGCAAGGCGAUUGAGAUGUCGCUGAGGGAGACGGGCCCGCCGUUCAGCGAACGCCAGAGCACGUCCGUGGCUGAGCAGCCGUUGAACGUGCCUUCUGCCGCGCCAGAAUACGCCCAAGCUCCAGCCCCUGCCCCAGUUCCGGCCCCAGAAAAGGUGCGUGCUUUGUAUGAUCUGCAGUCGAACGACGACGACACGCUAUCGUUCAAGAAAGAUGACAUCAUCGUCGUGGUUGAGAAGGUCAACGACGACUGGAUUCGAGGCUGUCUGAACGGAAACCUGGGCAUUGUGCCUGUGAAUUACGUCGAGAAGGUUCCGCAGGCCACAGAGCGCGAGUUAGCUGAGCUGGUGACGCUACUGGAUAACUCGUUCAACGUGGAGGUGCUGCUGUCAAAACUGAUCGAUCUGAAGACGCGAGUGGCCUCGCAGCCGAUCUCCAGCCAGGAGUUCGAAAGCAUAUUGAUUAGAGACCAGAUCCCGGGCAAGCUCGACCAGCUCAGCCAAACAAGAGAAACUCUGCGCCAAAUAUUGGAUUUGUACAAGCUGAAGGUGUUGGAGCUGCAAAGUAUGCAGAAAAACGUCGACGCGAGUGUCGAGCUGUACCACCAGCUGCUGAGGGAGGCGAAAAAUAGCCAGCCGCUGCCGUCACCGAAUCCGACCACGUUCGGGUUCAAUCCCCAGCAGAGCCAGUACCAGAUUCAAUCUCCGCCUUUUUAG